UUGCAGUUGCAGUGUCUGGUCUGAAUUGAGGCGUGUGGGUGUGUUUGUCCAGCCCUCUGAGAGCUUUAUAUAAGACAGAAAUCUGUCAGACAGACAUCUCUCAGACUCGAUCGAGGUGAAGCUGCUCUUCUGACUCCGUCUACAGUCAUCCAGGUUCAGACACGAUGAACGGCAUUAUUCCCAAGAGCAAAGCAAAAGGCACUGACUUCUGUGGAGUGAACAACUACUAUUAUAUAAUCCGCUCUGAUCUCGGCUGCUAUAUGCAGUCAAGUGAUUUCAAUAAAGGUUUAGACAUCUCUAUUUUCAGUCUGCACCCUGCCUGCCAAAAUGGAGACCAUUACCUUGGUCAUGAAGAUGGCUACUUUUACAUCAUCAAGGGCAAUUCCUACCGCAGAGUCACCAACCUGUCGACAGACAGCGGUGCUGUAGUUUACAGCCUUCAUCCCAACUGCCGGGGUGGAGACCACUACCUUUCAGCCUUUGGCAAUUUUUACAUCAUCUUCCAAGGAAAAGGCACUUACCGAAGAACAACAAACAUGAAUCAAGACUUGGAUGCUGUAGAAUACAGCCUGCAUCCCAACUGCAGAGACGGUCUCUAUUACUGGGGCCUUCCAAACAACUACUACUUCCUCAAGCCAGUCUCAAAGUGGGGAGUUGAGUACUACAAAGGUACCGACUUCAGCAAAGAUGAGUGCACUGCUGUCUAUUCUGUUCAUCCCGAUGUUCUUAACUUCCUCCCUGGUGGUCUGUCAGUAACUAUAGGCCCAGCCUUUGGCAUUUGGGAGAAUAUUAAAACUAUAACUAAUGACAGCAAUACACCAGUGACAUGGACAAAGAAAAUCACUAGAAGGGUGGGAUACAAUAAGGAGAAGAUGACCCAGAUCACACACAACUGGAAGAUAGCUGCGUCAGUCUCGACUGAAUCUGGAGCCCUGGCAGCGUUAAUUGCAAAGAUGCAGUUCUCCUUUUCUGCAGAAUAUGGAGGUUCACAUGUCAGCACUGAAAAAGAAAGCUGGAACGAAAUGACUGAAGAGGAAGAACAACUCUCAUUUCAGCUGAAGCCAAAUGAGUCUGUAUAUCUGUGGCAGUACAUAAUGGGUCUUGGUGAAAAACCAGUGUUGUUCUGCCGUGAUUUAAAGAUUGACGAUGAUCCAAACCCUCCGACUGAAGUCCCGCUGCCACCCGCACAAUCAUGAAAACACAUCAGGAUGCUUUAACUCCAA